UCCAGCAAACUGGACCUUGGAGCCUGGAAGCGGCUGGCCGGCUGGGUGGGCAUCGCCAUGGGCAACGCGGCUGGCAGCGGGGAGCAGCCCCUGGCCCGGGAGGGCAGGACCCCCCAGCCCACCCCCAGCGCGGUGCCCCCCAAGCUGCCCAUGCCGGCAGCAGGAGAGCUGGAAGAGAGGUUCAGCCGGGUCCUGAACUGCAUGAACCUGCCCCCCGACAAGAUGCAGCUCCUCAGCCACUACGACAGCGAGAAGAAGUGGGAGCUCAUUUGUGACCAGGAGCGGUUUCAGGUGAAGAACCCGCCCGCCGCCUACAUCCAGAAGCUGCGGAGUUACCUGGACACCGGGGCCGUCGGCAGGAAGGUGACGGCCGAUUGGAUGCCCAACCUGGGGUUCAAGAGGCGGGUCCAGGAGUCCACCCAGGUGCUGCGGGAACUUGAGAUCUCCCUGAGGACCAACUACAUCGGUUGGGUGCAGGAGUUCCUGAACGAGGAGAACCGCGGACUGGAUGUGCUCUUGGAGUACCUGGCCUUCGCCCAGUGUGCUGUCACGUACGACAUGGAGAGCACGGACAACGGUACCCCCAGCCCUGAGAAGCUCAAGCCCUUGGAGAGGUCAGUGGAGGACCUCAGCAAGGGGCCUUCUUCACCCCCACAGAUGUCCUCCAGGAGCCGUCACCUGACUGUCAGGCUGCCCCCGGCCCACAGCAGGAAAGCCCUGAGGAAUUCCCGCAUCGUCAGCCAGAAGGACGACGUGCACGUCUGCAUCAUGUGUCUCCGUGCCAUCAUGAACUACCAGUCUGGCUUCAGCCUUGUGAUGAGCCACCCGGCCUGUGUCAACGAGAUCACCCUCAGCCUCAACAACAGGAGCCCCAGGACGAAGGCUUUGGUGCUGGAGCUGCUGGCCGCGGUCUGCCUGGUGCGAGGCGGGCACGAAAUCAUCCUGGCCGCCUUCGACCACUUCAAAGAGGCCUGUGGGGAGAAACAUCGGUUCGAGAAGCUGAUGGAGUAUUUCCUGCACGAGGAGAGCAACAUCGACUUCAUGGUGGCCUGUAUGCAGUUCAUCAACAUCGUGGUCCACUCCGUGGAGAACAUGAACUUCCGCGUCUUCCUUCAAUACGAGUUCACCCACUUAGGUCUGGACCUCUUCCUGGAGACCCUGCGUCACACGGAGAGCGACAAGCUGCAGGUUCAGAUCCAGGCCUACCUAGACAACGUCUUCGACGUGGGGGCCCUGCUGGAGGACACGGAGACCAAGAACACGGUCCUGGAACACAUGGAGGACCUGCAGGAACAGGCCGCCCAGCUGACAGAGCAGCUCCGGGGGGCAGAAAACGAGUCCAUGGCCAAGAUCGCCGAGCUGGAGAAGCAGCUGAGCCAGGCCCGCAGGGAAGUGGACCUGCUGCGGGAGCGGCUGAGCGAGACUUCGGGCCCGGAGGCGAAGAUGCCCACGGCCCCGGCUCGGCCCUCGGCCCUGGAGCUGAAGGUGGAGGAGAUGGAGGAGAAGGGGUUAAUUCGGAUCCUCCGGGGACCCGGGGAAGAUGAUGUAGCCAUCGAGAUUGUCCCCGUUGUCGGGGCAACUCCGGUCGCCAUGGUGAUGACGGAGGAAGCGCCCCCUUGUACCAGCUCAGAUGUCCCAGAGGCUGCCCAAGCCCCGGCCACCCCGUCGCCUCUACUGAGCACCUCCCCAGCCACCCAACAGGAAGGCCUACCAUCUGAGCUCCCACCGGCCCCAGCCCUUCCCGGGGGUCCAGAUUUGCCCCCCGCCCCACCCCUUCCUGGGGGUCCGGAUUUGCCCCCCCGCCCACCUCUUCCAGGGAGCCAGGACUUGCCCCCUGCCCCUCCGCUGCCAGGGACCCUGCCACCCCCUCCACCUCCACCACCACCUGAUGGGCCGCCCCCUCCGCCCCCCCCCUCCCGGGGCCAGGAUUUGAACCCAUGACCUGUGACUCCCAAGCCCGGGCUCUUUCCACUGAGCCACGCCGCUUCUCUGGUUUUCCCCCCAGUCAAGGCCAAGCAGCCGAUCCAGACCAAGUUCCGGAUGCCCCUGUUCAACUGGGUGGCACUGAAGCCCAACCAGAUCACGGGCACCGUCUUCACCGAGCUCAACGACGAGAAAGUGUUACAGGAGCUGGACAUGAGUGACUUUGAGGAGCAGUUCAAGACGAAGUCUCAAGGCCCCAGCGUGGAUCUGAGCGCCCUCAAGGUGAAGGUGGCCCAGAAGGCUCCCAGUAAGGUGACCCUCAUUGAGGCCAACCGGGCCAAAAACCUGGCCAUCACCCUCCGCAAGGGCAACCUGGGCGCUGACCGCAUCUGCCAGGCCAUCGAGAGGUACGACCUGCAGGUCCUGAGCCUGGACUUCCUGGAGCUGCUGAGCCGGUUUCUGCCGACGGAGUACGAGCUGACCCUCAUCCAGCGCUACGAGCGGGACGGGAGGCCCGUGGACCAGCUGGCCGACGAGGACCGAUUCAUGCUGCGUUUCAGCCGCAUCCCCCGCCUGGCCGACCGCAUGGCCACCUUGGCUUUCCUGGGCAACUUCGACGACACCAGCCAGCUGAUCAUGCCGCAACUGAACGCCAUCAUCGCGGCCUCCAUGUCGGUCAAGUCUUCGGACAAACUCCGCAACAUCCUGGAGAUCGUGCUGGCUUUUGGCAACUACAUGAACAGCAGCAAGCGAGGCGCAGCCUACGGCUUCCGGCUGCAGAGCCUGGACAUGCUGCUGGAGAUGAAGUCGACGGACAGGAAACAGACGCUCCUUCACUACCUGGUGCGGGUGAUCGGGGAAAAAUACCCGCAGCUCACGGGCUUCCACGCGGACCUCCACUUCUUGGACAAGGCGGGAGCAGUGUCCCUGGACAGCGUCCUGCAAGACGUGCGGGCCCUGCAGAAAGGCAUGGAGCUGACCCGGCGGGAGUUCAUGCGCCAAGACGACAACCCUGUGCUCAAGGACUUCCUCAAGGCCAACGGCGACGUCAUGGAGAAGAUGCUGGCCGACAGCAAGACCGCCCAGGAGGCCUACGAAUCCGUGGUGGAGUACUUUGGUGAGAACCCCAAGACGACGCCCCCCUCCAUGUUCUUCCCGGUGUUCAGUCGCUUCAUCAAGGCCUACAAGAAAGCGGAGCAGGACGUGGAGCUGUGGAAGAAGCAGGAGGCGGCGGCGGUCUCCGAGGAAGGGCCGGACGCCCCGGGGAAAGCUGAACUCAAGGAACCCAAGUCCCCCACCCACAAAGCCCGACGGCAGCAGAUGGACCUGAUCUCGGAGCUGAAGAGGAAGCAGCAGAAGGAGCCGCUGAUCUAUGAGGGUGACCGGGAUGGGGCCAUUGAGGACAUCAUCACCGUCCUGAAGACCGUGCCCUUCACGGCACGAACGGGCAAGCGGGCAUCUCGGCUCUUCUGCGAGUCCAGCUUCAGUGAUGAGAGUCCCCUCUAGCCCCUUCCCCCAGCCCGGAGAUCUGCGGAGCCAACCCUACCGGGCCGACGUAGGCCGCCGCAGCGGCCGCAGGAGGGGCCCGGGCCCGCCCCUGCAAG